CAUGGAAAUGAGUCAGUCAGGAGGGGCUUGACACGCUAUCUACACCUACUCCUCGCCACACCAUCUCACCCCUCCUCAGCCUCGAUAUCCACGUUGACAUCGCCCUCUGCUUGUGCUGCUUCUGCUGCUGCUGCUGCUCCACGUGAUGCUGCUGCGGCUCCACGUGAUGGUGCUGCUCCUGCUCCGCUCCUGCCUCUCCCCCUGUUAGCGCCGCCCCUGCCCCGAUUCCUUCGCUGGGCCCCUUGCUGCUUAGCUGCGGCGGCCUUGGGCACACCCUUGUCGUCCAUAUCCUCGUCCAUCUGCCCACCGUUGUACCGCAGCAAAUCGGCGCCCUCUGAGUGCUGGCUGCCCUGAAUGGCCGACUGCUGGAGCGACGAAAGGCCAGAAACGCUCACCUGACACACAAACACACACACACACACACACACAUGCACACAUCCAUUUACGCCGUGCACCCACCUCUCCCUGUGCUCCUUCCUCACCGCAUUGCGUUUCGACGCCGCCUUGGGCUUUUGCUUGGCGAGUGCCUCGAGGCCCCCCUUUGUUCAGCAGCACUGACUCGGAGGGAGGCUCUCUCACAGAGGGAGCUGCUCCUUACACAGGGACUUCUGCUGCAGGGCGGUCCUGUGCAUCUUCUUCUCGGCAGCGUACAACCGACCUGAACGGCGGACACAACAAGCAACGACAAUGCAAUGAACAGAUGGCCUGAGGUGGGGUGGUGUUCGCCUCUCUGAUGCCGCAGAGUGCUCCCGGUUUCAUUUCUUCACUCAUCGACCACCAGAUACAGACGACCCAGGGUCAAACUGAGGGGGGUCUGUUUCGUCUGACCGCCGGCCCGGCGGACAGACGACAUGUACCCCCUCUCGCGUGCUGGUAACUCAAGAUCGGGAUAGAAUCCCACAAGAUCGCCUCCAGACUCGCAUAACCUUUCACACCUUUGCUGCGUCUCGCUCCAUAGGAUGAUGACUAAGCCGUCAAAGGUCUCACGGGCUGCGCGAAAGAAAGGGUGUUGAAUAUCGGCAUAAGGAAAGACACCCUUGCGCAGCGGUGGCCGAUAUGCCGUUAGUGAGGGCAGCUGGAAGUGGGAGAAGAAGGCUCGGGGGGACGCGAUGUGCGUUGUGAGGCGCAUGUCUCUCUCAGUGGUUUUCUCUUGUUUCUCGUUUCCGUUCCGGCACCAGUAGCAGUCCAAUAGGCGAGAGAAGAAGAGCCCAAUUCUCCAGUUGAUUCCCCACCUGCCGGGCGGUCUCUUCUGUCUCGCCCUCAGCUUGUCGGCUUGGCUCAUAUUGGAUUGGCUAUCCAGCCAUCUGUCAAAUGCGGCGACGAUGGUCUCAAGAUUCUGGCCGCAGAAUCUGUCGCCAUCAGUGAGGAUUGGCUCCCUUACGAAGGUGAUGGGCUCGAGGAAGUGGGCAGUGGCCGCCGAGCCGGUUGUGAGAGCUUCGGCCGGGUCCUUAGCUGGCGGCUGCUGUCUCUCACCAAGCGACGGGACCUGCAUCUCCUGCAGCAGCUGCAGGAGUUUUUCCAGCCCGUCGAUCACACCAAUAAGAGCGGCCUUCUCGUGAUCCCUCGCGUUACGUCCACUCAGUAGCCGCUGAUGUCCUUAGGAUCAGUGACAUUCACGCCACUCUCCACAGCCGCCUGCGCCACAGUUAGCUCAUGUACAUGGUGCAGCGGCCUGAGUGGAGGUGCAGAUUCACAGCCGAUAGGCAUGGCUCCCAGCUCGUGCGUCUCCAGUUCUGAAGCAAGACGGCUGUGGAGCACUUCGUUUGUCAGGUAAGGUGGCGUUGGCCGUUCACCGGACGAGCCAAAUGCUGCCAGGGUGUCUUGAGAACCGCAAAGGGGCGGCCAUUGAUCUUUUUCAUCUAUCGUGUCUCCAAAGACGCGUAUCGGUGCCGAUAGUCGCGAAGGUAGCGGUAUGCGGAUCUUGCAGGACGUCCGUUCCCUCAGUGAUUCUGCCGUUGGGGCCAUAGUAACGAAAGUGAUGGCGUGGCUAGUACCGUCGAGGACGAGGUGAAGGUUGAGUAGUUAAAGGAGUAGCGGGUGUCAGUCAAAGUGGCCUUGAAGCCUUCAUAGGUCUCUCAGCGCCGGUCUCGCCCGAUUCUCUUUCCUUCCCACCAUUGCCCGAGCAGCAUAAUGCCAAUCGACAUGUGCUGCUCGACUGUGGCUAUGGCUCGGGCAGCAGUUUCCUGUCCCUGACAUGCAUUCACAGAAACAUUGCAAAAGCAUUG